AUGACUGGGCAAGAUGUAGCUCUACAAGAAGCUCGACGACCCGUCGUGACCUCGCUAUGGACCAGAUCCCUCAUUGCAGGCGCAUUCGCCGGCCUUACAGUUGACUUCUCGCUCUAUCCGCUGGACACGAUCAAGACCCGACUCCAGUCUAAUCUGACGAGUACCAACAAUGGCGGCAUUCUACCGCGCCAUACCGUACGAGGCACGCUGCGCAGCAUGUAUGCCGGUCUCCCCUCGGCCUUGCUUGGGUCCAUGCCCUCGGCCGCAUCCUUCUUUGUGGUCUACGACGGGGUGAAAAGAGAAUUGAUAGACAAUGACACACCUUCUACACACCAAGCAUAUGCCCACAUGCUGGCCUCGUCGCUGGGAGAAAUAGCUGCGUGUGCCAUCAGGGUACCGACAGAAGUAGUCAAGCAACGGGCACAAGCAGGCCUCUUUGGAGGAUCGACGCUACUCGCCUUCCAGGAUAUACUGGGCCUCCGGAGGUCAGAUGGCUAUACGACCAUGGUUCGGGAGCUUUACAGGGGUGGUGGGGUGACCAUCAUGCGUGAAAUACCAUUUACGAUCAUCCAGUUCAGUCUAUGGGAAAAUUUCAAGGCCUCGUACUCGGCACGGCAGCAUAGAAUGCAUGGCAGACAACCAGCGAUGGUCUCAGCCGCGGAGAGUGCAGUCUUCGGCAGCGCGGCCGGUGCUAUUGCUGCUGGACUGACGACGCCGCUGGACGUCCUGAAAACCAGGAUCAUGCUAGCACGGAAGGAAUCAGGCGCCUCUUCGGAGAGAGCUGGUGCCGUGACAGUCCUGCGUCAGAUCCGGGCACAGGAAGGCAUUUCUGGGCUGUUCCGCGGCUUCGUACCCCGUGUCGGUUGGAUUAGCACAGGAGGUGCUAUUUUCCUGGGGACGUACCAGUAUAUCAGCAAUAUGCUGGGUUCGGACUGCAGAUAG